AUGAAAUUAACAACAGCCCUUCUCGUCGUCUUUGCUGGAUCUAUCACAGCUGGUACCAUCGCCCCUCCAAGAUCAGGAGGAACAUGGACACAACUCCCCAACAUCACCCUCUUCGACCGACAAGAACACUCUACCGUAGCAAUUGGCAACACAAUCUACAUAGUAGGCGGCAUAGCACCAAUCGCCAACUCCACAGCCGAUCCAACCACCCCCAUCGUGCAAUCCUACUCCAUCCCCCACCAAACAUGGACCCUCGAAGCCCCUCUCCCCAAAGCCCUCAAUCACCCCAACACCGCCGUCGUCAACGGUAAAAUCUACGUCUUAGGAGGCCUAGCAGUCGGUCCAGGCCAAUGGCCAAACUGGCUCGCAGCAGGCGACUGCUACGUCUACAACCCCGCCACACACACCUGGAAAUCACUCGGUAACAUGCCUAUCGGCACCGCUCGUGGCGCUGCGGCCGUGGGCGUUCACGGCGAUACUAUAUACGUCGGGGGCGGCCUCUCGCGGCUCGGCAUCGAAGGCCAGGAAACACUCGAUAUCACGUCUUCGUAUAACACCAGAACGGGAGCCUGGACCUCUCUGCCUCCACUCCCGGAGAAACGAGAUCACGCAGGUGGCGCGCUUAUCGAUGGCGUCUUCUACGUCGUGGGCGGUCGCAUCAACGGCACACCUGAGGGCAUGAGGGAUACAGUCUUCGCGCUCGACGUUACGUGCUCCCCGCUCAUUUGGAAGACCAGAAAGGCGCGCAUGCCUACGCGUAAAGGUGGACUGGCGGUUGGUGUUGUGGGGGAUGUGAUUGUUGCGGUUGGCGGCGAGGGGAACGUGGAUGCUGUUAGUGGGGUCUUCAAUCAGACGGAGGCGUAUGAUACGAAGAGGGAUGUUUGGACGAAGAUGACGCCGAUGAGGGUCCCGCGGCAUGGGACGGCGGGGGUUGGGGUCGGGAAUGGUGUUUUCAUUCCUGGUGGGGGCGUUGUUAGGCAGUUGGGUGCGACUAGUUAUUUCGAUGUCUUCAAGGUUUGA